CAGAAAUGAAAGUGAAAAUAAAAGCAGGACACACUGAAAGGAGAGAGUGCAGGGCCUGAAUGAUGCAGCACAAAUAAAGGCUGCACACACUUUACUGUCAAGUAUUCUUAAUUACUUUAACUGGGCUCAUCAAACACAAAAACACAGCAACAUCUCCAUGUGACUGCAAAGUUGUUAAGACCUUUUUUUAACCACUUAUUUCACAGAUAUAUUUUUGAAUCCUAACGAUGGCACUUACAGUAGUAUUGGCUUUUGUUCUGUAUUCUGUAAUUGCCCCAAAUGAUGCCCAAGGCAGCCAAAGUUUGUUUCAGGGACUGGCUCCUGUGGCUACAAAUGGUGAACCAUUUCCCUGGAACAUGCUGAGGCUCCCAGAUACUAUCAUUCCUGCCCACUAUCACCUGCUUGUGCACCCCAACCUCACCACUCUGAACUUCAGCGCCUCUGUCAGAAUUGAAGUGGAUGUCAAGCAGAGCACCGACUCCAUCAUCCUGCACAGCAAAGGUCUCCUAAUCACCAAGGCAACCAUCGAGGCAGAGACUGGAGCCAGCGAAUCAAGAAAGCCGCUUCAGGUGCUGGAGUACCCGCCCCAUGAACAGAUAGCCCUCGUUUCAUCUGACGUGUUGCUUUCUGGAGGAAAGUACUUUGUUUGUAUUGACUAUGCAGCCAAUUUAUCAGAUGGCUUUUAUGGUUUCUAUAAAAGUACUUACCGCUCAAAAGAUGGCGAAACACGAGUUCUGGCAUCUACUCACUUCGAACCCACUUCAGCACGGAUGGCUUUCCCCUGCUUUGAUGAACCCGUGUUUAAGGCAAACUACUCAGUGGUAAUAAGAAGAGGCGAUAAACACAUCGCCCUUUCCAACAUGCCCAAGGUGAAAACAGUGGAGUUGGGGGGUGGAAUAUUUGAAGAUCACUUUGAUGUGAGCGUGAGGAUGAGCACCUAUCUAGUGGCCUUUAUUGUGUGUGACUUCAAGUCAGUUAGUCAGAUAACUUCAACUGGAAUAGAGGUUUCCAUUUAUGCUGUGCCAGACAAGUGGGACCAAACCCAUUAUGCUCUGGAAGCAGCAGUGAAACUCCUGGAGUUCUACGAGCAGUACUUCAAUAUCUACUACCCUCUGCCCAAACAGGAUCUGGUUGCUAUUCCUGACUUCCAGUCCGGUGCCAUGGAGAACUGGGGCCUAACCACUUACAGGGAGACCUCACUGCUGUUCGAUGCUGAGACCUCAUCGGCCUCCGAUAAGCUCUGGGUCACCAUGGUGAUCGGCCAUGAACUUGCCCAUCAGUGGUUCGGUAAUCUGGUGACCAUGCAGUGGUGGAAUGACAUCUGGUUAAAUGAGGGGUUUGCCAGGUACAUGGAGUUUGUCUCAGUGGAUGCUACUUAUCCUGAACUGCAAGUGGGGGACUACUUGCUGGACACCUGCUUUGCGGCCAUUGGAAGAGAUUCCAUGAACUCAUCCCGACCCAUAUCCAGCGCAGCAGAGAACCCCACCCAGAUAAAGGAAAUGUUUGAUACUGUCUCAUAUGACAAGGGGGCCUGUAUUCUACACAUGUUGAGGAGCUUUCUCACUGAAGACAUUUUCCAGAGCGGAAUCGUUCGCUAUCUGAAGAAGUUCAGCUACAGAAAUGCCAAGAAUGAAGACUUGUGGAACAGCAUUGCAAAUACCUGCAGUGAAGAGGACUUUACUUCUGGAGAAUUCUGCUACAGCAGCAGUCAGGCUUCAAAAAAUGCUUACCAGUAUGCUGGGGAGCACCUGGAUUUGAAGGCGAUGAUGAAUACCUGGACUCUUCAGAAAGGAAUCCCUCUGAUCAUUGUGGAGCGCAGGGGGAGCACAGUCACACUGAGACAGGAGAGGUUCCUGAAGGCUAUUCUCCCCAGUGACCCUGUAUGGGCCUCUCUGCAACAAGGCUACCUGUGGCAUGUUCCUCUGACCUACAUCACAAGUAAUUCAAAAAACAUUGGGAGACAUCUGCUGGAAACACAAUCAGAUAGCAUUGAGCUGGAGGAAGAGGUGAGCUGGGUGAAGUUCAAUGCUGAUAUGAAUGGAUAUUAUGUUGUACACUAUGAGGGAGAUGGAUGGGACUCGCUGAUUAACUUACUGGAGCGGAACCACACUGCUCUGAGCCACAAGGACAGAACCAACCUCAUCCACAAUGCAUUUCAGCUGGUCAGUUCAGGGAGGCUGACUCUAGACCGAUCCCUUGAUCUGAGCCGCUACCUCAGACACGAAACCCACAACGUCCCCCUGCUGCAGGGCCUGGGCUACCUAGAGGCCUUCUACCGAAUGAUAGAGAAGAGAAACAUCACAGAUGUGGCACAAAACUUAAAGAAUUAUAUCCUGCAGUACUUCAAGGCUGUGAUUGACAAGCAGACCUGGAGCGACGAAGGCUCGGUUUCAGACAGAAGGCUUCGCUCUGAGGUCCUGGGACUGGCCUGUGACCUCGGCUAUCCUCCGUCUGUUAAGAAGGCACACCAGCUCUUCGUUGAUUGGGUUGAAUCCAACAGCACUCUCAGUUUACCCACAGAUGUGAUUGAGACAGUGUAUUCUGUUGGAGCUCAGAGCGCUGAGGGAUGGGCGUACUUACUAGAGAAGUACCAGGUCUCAAUGUCGGGGGCCGAGAAGAAUAAAAUCUUGAGAGCCUUAACAAGCAGUAAGGACACUGGGAAGCUGUUAAGAUUGCUGGAGCUGGGAAUGGAAGGGGAUGUGAUCAGGACACAGGAUCUGUCCACAGUUAUCUACAGCGUGAGCAGGAAUCCCAUCGGACAUUUCCUGGCAUGGGAUUUUGUUAAGAAACACUGGAGUGAACUUGUGGAAAAAUUUCAUCUGGGAUCAUUCUGUAUAAGAAAUAUCAUUAUUGGCACUACAGCUCAAUUUUCUUCCAAGGAAGAACUGGAGGAGGUGAAAAUGUUUUUUGAGUCCAUAAGAGAGCAAUCUUCCCAGCUCAGGGUCACCCAGGUUGCCAUAGAGAACCUGGAGAAAAACAUAAAGUGGCUGGAACGGAACCUGGAGACACUGAGAGACUGGCUGCUGAAGAACCUGCAGUGACUCCGCCUGUACUGAAGAGGGGCCACUGUGGCUAGAGUGGUAACAUCAGAACAGCGCUGAAGAAAGACGAACCUGCAACUUGAAAUGCUGGACAACAAAUUUUCCAUCUGUUUGUUAAUGGUGUGACAUUAGAAAAAAGGCUAUUUUUAAUUGGAUUUGAGAUGAAAGAAUGUGUUAUUAGUUAUUGUUCUAUGAUUUGUGACUUCAACCCUAGUCAAGUCACUACGGCCCCAUGUACUGUACUGUAAGGUGGCUGAAUUAACUCAAAAUCAAAAUUUGUCAAUGGAUGAACUAGGCUGUCAUGCUCUACUUAGGAGAGUCUACUACCCCUUCAUAGUCUCUAUGAUUGAGUUGUUCUAGAACAGCACUAGGAUGCAUCAACAAUGUAACGUUCUGAAACAGAACUAUAGGAUGCAUUAACAAUGUACCAUUCUAGAACAGCACUGUGGGAUGCUUCAACAAUGUACUAUCUUUGAUUUUGGCACCUGUGGGUAGAUGAGGCAACCAUUCCUUACUUUUAUGUGCACAAAUUCAUCACCUAAAUUAGCAGUUGUAAAACUAGUAAUUAUUUCACCUGUAGUACCCAUCUCUCCAUGCAUAACAUGGAAAUACUGCAGCUUGGUAAGAUGAAGACUGGGAGCCAGGAGCUCAAUCAGCCAAUGAGUUAUUGACCCGGUCAAUGAGGGGUCCUUCAGAAAUGAGCUUCACUUACUGGUGCGUCAUUAGAGCACCGGUAUUACGUGUCAGGUCGACAAACUGAGGAUUAAGCAAACAAACACCCACGCAAAUAACCCCAGAAAAUGUGUAUGUUCAGGAUGAAAUAUCACAAAAUAUCACAUCACUUCUAUAUCAUUUCUCUCAAUCCCUCUCUUUUCAUUGAAUUCAAUUCGGUUCUCCCACAUACUCAUAAGCCACACUUUCAUAUAUCACAUCAUGAAAUAUACCAAAACAUACUGUAAUAACAGAAAUUUAAUUGAAUGAAGUCAUCCAGACAUAAUUUAGGACUCCCGUUGCAUUGCAGUUUUUAAUACAUUUUAAUACAGCCUUACAUGAGAUUAAUACAAUUUACCACACACCUACGGUACAGGUAGGUAACUUACAAGAAAUGUUCACAGGAAAACAAGGAAUGGCUCAAACUGCUAUGCAAUGGGAGUCUUCAUGUUGCACACCGUACCCAUCUUGCAUAUAGUUUAGUGCAGUCAGGAUAAUCCAGUGCAAUCUACAGUACAUGUAAAACAAUAUCUCUUGUUAUUCCAAGUUACUGUUGUACACAGCUAAUUCAGCACUGAAGGGUCCCCAGCAUAGGCGUCCAACAUGUGCCAGUUUCUUUUAUAUGUUUAGAGUGAUUUUUGUAUUAUGGUCAUUUUAUUAUUUUUUGUUCUGCUCUGAAUGAGUUUUGACAGGUAAGAAACCAGCUGCUUUAGCGCAUGUCUGAUGCUUGCUGGUGUGGAAAGAAAAAGCAUCACUCAGGGUGAGAUGUGUUUUUACAGGCUGCCUCAGUAUAAAUGAUGUGAGCAAAAUAAAACUAGUAUCGCGUUAAAAUGGUUCGUCACUUCACAAGACAAAAUAGGGGCACUGUUGCAAAAAGAACAGCAGUGUCUUCUAAAAGAUGUUCUUUUUUUACUUGUCAAAAUCCUAUGCUAUUGAGCUCAUUAUUGAUGCAUCGUACCUUACCAUACCUAACCUAACUUUUUUUGUUUCUGCUGUUUAAGUCAAAUGUGUUGAAACUGUUUGAAAACAAAUAAAAUCAUGUUGUUUUCUAAA